AGAUACUGAUAGGGCAGAUACUGUCCUCACAAUACCUGCCCAGAAAGACGGGAAAGAGGAGGAAGAAUUCCUCCUUCCACCAGGAAUUCUCUUGGAAGCACAUAAGAUCUCAUUCUACUAGUUUAUUCCCAAGAGAAGCUACCAAAGCCUGGUAACUCUGCCAAUUCUAACUUUUGUGUGUCUAAGUGCACUUCUCCUGGGAUUACAACUAAUUGGAACAGGGAUUCAAAGGAGUCUCAGAGGACCAUAAGAAGAAUGCUUCGAGGCCGAUCCCUGUCGGUAACAUCCCUGAGUGGGCUUCCCCGGUGGGAAGUCGAAGAACUUCCUGUGGAAGAGUUACUGCUCUUUGAAGUUGCUUGGGAAGUGACCAAUAAAGUUGGAGGCAUCUAUACUGUGAUUCAGACAAAGGCCAAAACAACAGCAGAUGAAUGGGGAGACAACUAUUUUCUGAUAGGUCCAUAUUUUGAGCAUAAUAUGAAGACUCAGGUGGAACAGUGUGAACCUGUAAAUGAUGCUGUCAGAAGAGCAGUGGACGCAAUGAAUAAGCAUGGCUGCCAGGUGCAUUUUGGAAGAUGGCUGAUAGAAGGAAGUCCUUAUGUGGUACUUUUUGACAUAGGCUACUCAGCUUGGAAUCUGGACAGGUGGAAGGGUGACCUCUGGGAAGCAUGCAGUGUCGGCAUUCCUUAUCAUGACCGAGAAGCCAAUGAUAUGCUGAUAUUUGGAUCUUUAACUGCCUGGUUCUUAAAAGAGGUGACAGAUCAUGCAGAUGGUAAACAUGUCGUUGCCCAAUUCCAUGAAUGGCAGGCUGGAAUUGGACUGAUCCUUUCUCGAACAAGGAAACUUCCUAUUGCCACAAUAUUUACAACCCACGCUACACUACUUGGGAGGUAUCUCUGUGCAGCAAAUAUUGAUUUCUACAACCAUCUUGAUAAGUUUAACAUUGACAAAGAGGCUGGGGAAAGGCAGAUUUACCACCGGUACUGCAUGGAGCGAGCUUCCGUUCAUUGCGCUCACGUGUUCACCACGGUUUCUGAAAUAACAGCAAUAGAGGCUGAACAUAUGCUGAAGAGAAAGCCUGAUGUAGUUACUCCAAAUGGCUUGAAUGUUAAGAAAUUUUCAGCAGUGCAUGAGUUUCAAAAUCUACAUGCCAUGUACAAGGCCAGAAUCCAAGAUUUUGUUCGAGGUCAUUUCUAUGGUCAUCUCGACUUUGAUCUUGAAAAGACUUUGUUCCUUUUCAUUGCUGGGAGGUACGAGUUUUCAAACAAAGGAGCUGACAUCUUCCUAGAAUCCUUAUCUAGGCUAAAUUUCCUGCUGAGGAUGCAUAAAAGUGACGUCACUGUGGUGGUGUUUUUCAUUAUGCCUGCCAAGACAAAUAAUUUCAACGUGGAAACCCUGAAAGGACAAGCAGUGCGAAAACAGCUGUGGGAUGUUGCGCAUUCUGUGAAGGAAAAGUUUGGCAAAAAACUCUAUGAUGCAUUAUUAAGAGGAGAAAUUCCUGACAUGAACAAUAUUUUAGAUCGAGAUGAUCUAACAAUUAUGAAAAGAGCCAUCUUUUCAACUCAGCGACAGUCAUUGCCCCCAGUGACCACGCACAACAUGAUUGAUGACUCCACCGACCCCAUCCUCAGCACCAUUAGACGGAUUGGACUUUUCAACAACCGCACAGAUAGAGUCAAGGUGAUUUUGCACCCAGAGUUUCUAUCCUCCACCAGUCCCUUACUACCCAUGGACUAUGAAGAGUUUGUUAGAGGUUGUCAUCUUGGAGUAUUUCCAUCAUACUAUGAACCCUGGGGUUAUACUCCAGCUGAAUGCACUGUGAUGGGUAUCCCCAGUGUGACCACGAAUCUCUCCGGGUUUGGCUGUUUCAUGCAAGAGCACGUGGCUGAUCCUACUGCUUACGGUAUUUACAUCGUUGACAGGCGGUUCCGUUCUCCAGAUGAUUCUUGCAAUCAGCUGACUAAGUUUCUCUAUGGAUUUUGCAAACAGUCACGCCGCCAAAGGAUUAUCCAGAGGAACAGAACUGAGAGGCUCUCAGAUCUUCUGGAUUGGAGAUACUUAGGCAGAUAUUACCAGCAUGCCAGGCACCUGACAUUAAGCAGAGCUUUUCCAGAUAAAUUCCAUGUGGAACCAGCAUCACCACCAACGACAGAAGGAUUUAAAUAUCCCAGGCCUUCCUCAGUACCACCUUCUCCUUCAGGGUCUCAGUCCUCCAGUCCUCAGAGCAGUGAUGUGGAAGACGAAGUGGAGGAUGAGAGAUACGAUGAGGAAGAGGAGGCUGAAAGGGAUCGGUUAAAUAUCAAGUCACCAUUUUCACUGAGCCACGUUCCUCAUGGGAAGAAAAAGCUGCAUGGUGAAUAUAAGAACUGAAUUCUACAUGUGCUGAGAAGAGCUAAUUUAAAAAAGCAAAGUAAGACUAAUUAUUUAAAAUAAAAAUGCCACAAAUUUCAUUUUCUCCUUCUCAGUAUUACAAUGGAGUUUAUUCUCUGCCUAAAAAGUGGAAGAAAUUGAGUGAAUGACAAUUUUGUAAUCUAGAAUAAGAUCCAAGUUAUUUUCGCCAACUCUUGUUUCCCCCAUAAAGUUAGGCAUGAGGAGGAGCACUCA